AUGGAGGUGGUGUCGAAGCAGGAGCGGGCGGACCAAAGCAAAGCUGACGCUUUCAAGAGUGACCAGGAGGGGGACAAUGCGAUGGCCUCAGGCCACACCUGUGGUCUCUGCGGACGGAGCUUCCCUCUCCUUAGCUCGCUGUCCCAGCACAUGCGCAGGCACACUGGAGAGAAGCCGUACAAGUGUCCUUACUGCGAACACCGGGCGGCCCAGAAGGGCAGCCUGAAAGUCCACAUCCGCAGCCACAAGCUGGGCCUGUUCAGCCGAAGCUUGGGCAAGAAAGAAGAAGAGGGCGCCUCGGCCAAGAAGCACAAAGUCAAUGGCAAGACAAAAAAGAAAAGCUCCAAGAAGAAAGAUGACGACGCAGUCAUCCAGGAUGGCGGCAAGGAGGACAAGUCACAAACCACGGCUGAGGGCAACUCAUUUCCGGGAGGGACUAACUGGGUGGACGAACGGGACGAGGAGGCCAGUGCUGGCUCCUUCCCCUGCGGGUCUUGCAGCCAAGUCUUCCCCCAGGCCCUGCUCCUCAAGGCCCACAUGAAGAAGCAUCGCGGUUCCCUAGACCACGGCUGCCGCAUCUGCGGCCGGCGCUUCCGCCAGGCCUGGUUCCUCCAGAGCCACAUGCGGAUUCAUCGGGCCAAAAGCCAGCUGCGGGGUGGGGGUGGAGACAGCAGCAAGUCCCCAACCACCCUCAACGGGGUCCCCCGGGAGCCGGCGUCCCUGGUGAACGAUGACUGUCUCUACGAGCUGUGUGCCGGCUGCGGCAACUUCUUUUACGACCGCAAGACCCUCCGGCUGCACGAGAGGGUCCACAAGCAGAGCCAUACCCCCAACAAGCCGCUGCAGCAAGACCCUGACAACGGCUCGUCAUCCCCCGCCGCCAAGAGUCGCUUCCUGGAAUGCCUUAACCUUAGGGCAGCUGGGGCUGGAGAGGCAGCUAUGGAGGGGAGUCUUGGAAGACGGAUCCCCGAGCUGGACCCGGUAUGCAGUUACCAGGCCUGGCAGUUGGUCACCCGGGGGCAUGUGGUUGAGGUGACAGAUAAAAGUCUAGGCUGGGAGGAGAGGCUGGCGGAUGCCGAUGUGGCGUUUGACCAGGAGAAGGCAAGAAGAAGAAAGGAUCCCCAGGAUGUUGUUGUUAAUGGUGGCUGCGGUGGGAUCUCCCACCAGCAGGGUGACCGUAGAAAUAGCCGCACCUUGUUGAAUGGGCUCAGCCCAGAGACGUUUGGAAUAUUGCAGAAAAAGGUGAAAUAUGGUCAUCAAUCCAGCAAGCAAGCCACCAAACCAAACUCUUCCAGUCAGCCCAGCACACCAAGACAAGAAAAUUCUCUGUCUGCCUCUUCCAUAAAGAGGAAUAAUAUCAGGGACCCAACCUAUGAAGAUACCAAGCCAUACUUCUGCGAGCACUGUGACUUCCACACCAGCGACCCCUCUUGCCUCACGUUCCACAUGCACAAGCUGCACAAGCACAUCAGGGAUGCACGUCAUCACGUACUGGAAGCUGUUAUGGAAGACCCGAGCCACGGCACUCCCAAAGUCUCAGGUUACAUGGAAUAUCUCCGGCUGAAGAGCACACUGCUCAGCCAGCCCUACUGGAAUCCUCCUGGCCAGGAGAGGGCGGCAUCGAGCGGACAGUCUGAAAAGUCGAGGAGCCUAAAGGUCAAAGGGCAAUCCUCUCAGGAUGCUAUCAUCAACGCCAGCCUCCUCAACCUGUCUGCCCCGCCCGAGGGCCAGCAGGAGGAUAGUGGUGCGAACCCUGUGGCAGCGCUGUCCGAGGGUAAGCUAGUCAGACACCAGUGCCCGUUCUGCACCCACACCACCCAUUACCUGGAGGUGCUGUGGAUCCACCAGCGUGUGGCCCACAGGGUGGAUAGUGGCAGCUCCCUGGCCCCCAAGUGGGCCCCCUACGUCACCUGUUUCAAGGGCUCCAAGGCUGCUGGACGACGCACGGGGCCCCCGCCUUUCCUGGAAGGAAAAGACUGCCCAGCGCUCCUAGUGCCCCGGUCCCAGCGCACCAAAGCCCCAGGUUCCACUGCCAUGCAACCUUCAGGUGGAGGCACCAAGAGGCCAAAGACCCACACAAGCACUACAACUACUACUGCCCAGUCCAACACUAGCCAGGCCAUGGUGUCAGGGUCGCGUACCUCCACAAGGUCACCCCCUGGUGGUGGGAAGUCGCUCCUACCUCAAAAGAAGAAGUCGUCAAGCCUCCCAAACCAUACGGGGGAGGUGGCAAAUAAGAGCGCCCGAUCUAAAACAGAAGCCCACCCUAAAGUUCCUGCCGCCUCAACCAGCAUCCGAGGCUUCUCCCAGCAGUCGACAAGCAGAACCAAAUCUGGAAGCCAUCAUCGGGCGGCUGCCGAGGGAAGCCUGCUUCCGCAAGAGGGCCUCGGCUUUAUUCUCGCCAGGAACCAUGGCAGGGCCGACCACACAUCCCAUCUUACCCCAGACAGAACUCACCUACACCCCCGUCCACACCCACACAGCCAUCCACAGGAUCCCCCUGCAGCCCUAAAAGGUCAAGACCUUUGGUCAGUCACAAACAUGUUUGGGGCGCAGGGCAGCAGUGGGUACCUGGCACCCACCACCGUCUUCGGCCAUGGGAAGAGGGAGUCGACUGCUGGGGAUAGCAGAGACACGCCGAUGGACAUGGACAUCCUGGGUCUGUUGAAGAACUACAACCCCCACGACCUGGCAGCUCUCUACCAGCACUGGGGCUUUGUAGAUCCCAGGCUUGACCAACAAGCGAUGCUGCAGUACAAUGGACAUUUUGGAAAUGAAGUCCAUUCCUCCACGGAGGCCUCCAAACAAGCGAGCGGCCGUUCCUCUGCUUCCACAACCUCUCUUAGGAAGGGGACAUGAAAACUCUGCAUGCCACAUGCCCUGAAAACUCGACUUCCCAAAAUGCAUUGUUGCAAGAUGAGAAGCCUGCAGUCCCUCACAGGAACCAAGCCAUGACUACAGGAGAACAGUGGCACUUCACUUGUGGGGCCCAAUUGUCUCAAGGGACACUCUUUGUCCACAAUUAACUAACCCUCCCGGACUGAUAAAGCUACCAUUACAUGUGGACGUGACAGAGUGGAAAUUCUUCCCCAACUGGGGUGUGAACUCACAGCCCUCUACACUGUAACUCAACAUACACAAGAAGCACCGUCAACACCUCAGCACACAGAAAGGACAAGGCAUUUCUGCAUCCAGAGUGACAGAACUUCUCAGGAAUGCAGUAGCGAUGCACUUAACCAUCUGCUACAUCACAGGGCCAGGCUUAGAUGUUUAUGUGGUGACAAUAUACUGACCUAGAAAUGGUGUAGUUGUUCAGCUCAUGGUGAUUGAGUUCAGGCUGGGUUAGUGAUAACUGAUUCUAAAUCAGUUGUUAAAGGGCAGAAAACCAGGAUACCCCAGGGUGUUUUAUGUAACCUUUAAUGCAAACCCUUUAAAUCCAUGUCAGAGCAAAAAGACAAGCAAAGACUGAAACUUUCAUAUUGUAUCCCUCCAGAGAAUUGAUAGAACAUUUUGAAAUAAUCGGAUUGGUACGUGUGUUUACUGUGAAUGUGUGUUAGUGUUUUAGUCAUCUGUUUAUUUUAGCUUUUGACACUUUUUUUUGGUGUUAUUUGGAAACUGUUUGGAUUGGUCAACCAGCUCACACAAGAAAAGUUACCAUCCACCUUGAAAGCUGGAAUCUUUAAUAGUAAAACUGCCAUGUCCAUUUGUGAUAUUACAACAAGAAACAAAUUACUGCAAACAACAAACACGUUUUUUUCUCUCGUACAUCAUCGCGAUAGAACAGCAUAUAUUCAUAAUUAAUAUUUUUUUUACCUUGAUGCACGACGCUCCCCACCUCGUGAUGCACGACGCUCCCCACCUCUUGAUGCACGACGCUCCCCACCUCUUGAUGCACGACGCUCCCCACCUCUUGAUGCACGACGCUCCCCACCUCUGCUUCGUCCAACAAACAAAAUCAAUAACAAUGGUCAUGGGGUAGACAGUGGUAUGGUUUCUCCCAUCUUUAAGCAACAGUAAUGAGGCAGCUGUUUGUGACUUACCGUCCAUCUCCAACCAUGUUUACAUGAACAACAACUAUGCUAGACUCUGCUGACCAGGGAUGUAGUGGAGGGUAAACGCACACAAUUCUGGCAAGUAGCCUCAAGGUUGGAGCGUUGGGCCAGUAACCGAAAGGAAUACGAAUACUGGAGCCAACAAUGUGUCGGGUUGCCCUUGAGCAAGGCACUUAACCCUAAUUGCUCCAGGGGCGCUGUACAACAGCAACCCUGGUCGUGACCCAACUCCCAGCGAGUGACUUGAGGAGUUGGGAUAUGCAAAGAAAUAUAUAUAUAAUCCUAAUCAUUAUAAACUUGUGUAAGCACCCUCCAAAUUAUUUACUCACCUUUUAAUUAGUGAAAUGACGUUUACCCACUUAUUAUUGCGUUCCCAGCGUAGAUCAAAGCUCAGAAAACUUAUUUUCUUGAUAUGAGUUCUACUCGCGCCUUCCUUCUUUUAGCGAACGGCUAAACUCUGCCCUCUCGCGAAUCGCAGCACAGACCGAGGGCCAGUGAAACAAACUACCCCAGCAGACCAACGACAAGUGGCUAUAAAAGUAGGCAACUAGAGACGCCGCUGACAGACUAGUGGGUUUGCGAGAUGCCGUACAUAAUUGUAUUAUUUUUUCCUAAACGUACGCGACUCCUGCCGUGUCUACAGACAUCCCCCAAACAAACAUAAAACCUGACUCUUGGAGAAUGAGUGUACAGCUGGCAAAUAGUUGCGUAUAGAUAUGUCAGUCAGGUGGCAGAGACUUCUAGUAUUGCCAUAACAUUAAAGGGAUCUGGCUAGUGUUUGCCAGCUAGCUAGCUGGAUGAAGAAAGAAGCUAAUGUUAAAUGGCGCUUGACCAGAGCAGGGGCAAAAUAUAGGCUACUAAGUUCUCAUCAUAAAUUUGCUUUACAGAGAGUACUAGUAAAGAUAUUUAUAACUAACCCAAGAUAGACCAGAGCCUGUCGUUUCCAAUGGGAGCAAAUUAAUCAUAGUUGGCAGAAUAAGUAAGGAGUUGGGCAGAGCCAAGCACAAGUUAGUUUGAUCCUACUGGCGCGUUCUAGCAUUUAUAUUGCAUAUGUCCAUUAGGGAACGCAUACUCUGAAGUGCGCGUGUGCAAUAACUACAUUUGGCCUUGCCCUCCUACUAAACAACACAACUUUGGGAAAGGUUAAAGUCUACAAAACACAGUCCACUCUGUUACAGAUUCUAGUUUUGGAAACAGAAAACUGUAUGGAAAUCAAAUGUUUACUCAAUGAUUUAUUUUUGUGGAAUGUCGGCCAAAAUCCAUCUCGCUCUAUCUUCUUCCACUGCCGGCAACUAGACUUUCUCUCAUGACCAUAUUUGGCAAUGGGUGGAAAUGCCAACCGGAUGCUUCACAUUUAUACAUCAGGUGAAAUAUCUGGCUCAUUGUUCUAUCUGUGGGACUGGUCAGACAGACAGUGGUGUGGCAGACAGUGGUGAGGCUGCGGCAGGCUGCGAAGCAUGCAGAGAGCGAGAGGCUAGUACAGUGGUUCCCAAACUUGGGGUCGGGGCACCCUGUGGGGUCCCCUGAGAAAAUCUGUACUAAUCUUAUUAUACAAAUUUAAGAACUUACAAAAAUAAGAAAUAUCAAUAUCUCGCCAUAUCCUACCGUCCCUAUAGGCCCACAGUAAAAUGCGAACAAUACAGAUAUAAAAAUGUAACACGUCUUCCUUUAUUUCGUUAGUCUUAUCUUGAUCGCUCACUGGACUUUAUAGUUUACCCACCCUUUGUUUUACCACUAUAUCAAUGCUGCUGACUAUGUAUGUUCUGUCGCAUUAAGUUUGUAUAUCCACUCAAGUGGAUAUCCCUACAUUGAAAGACUGGCUUCCAUUGCUAGGGAGCACUGACCAUGUGGAACAUUUCAAACAUUGUGUUUCUCAGACCUCAGAAAGUUGUCUUCUGUUGAGGUAAGUCCACGUCCCAGGCUAUGUGAUCCAGACGGAAUGGAAAAUGAAUCCAAAACAAAUGCAUGGAAAAGAAAAGCACUAUGUAACUUACAGAUUUGCAGUGCUUCAUGCGUAUAGCUGGAUCUACACAACCAAUGGUGUUGUGGACUUGAACAGAAGGCCACUUUUGAGGUCUGAGAACAGAAAAUGUCCCUUUUAGAAGGUAGAUGUGCAGUUCGACUCCAUGAAAAUGACUACUCUUCAAUGAGGAGGAUUGUGGGUCAGUCUUGGAUUGUCUGUUUCGAAAAACACUGUUCUUUAGUUCCUUUUUGCUGUGUUUUACUUUUUGUGUUUUGCUGGAUCACUGGAUAUCUGUCUUAGAAAUGGCUUCUGCAGUUUUUUUCAAGUUAUUUUAGCUGCGCACAAGGAAAGAAAGCCAUCCAUGUUAAAAAGUACCAAUCUGAUGUUAUUACUACAUUAUUUAUUGAAUAUUAUAUGAUAGUUAUCCACCUUGAUCGAUUGUCGGUAUGUUAAAAAAAAAAAAAAAGGUUUUAUGAAUUGAAGUCAGAAUUAUAUAGAUUGUAAAACGAUAGAUGUUUGUAAUAAAAGGUUGGGGCUUAGAUGGACAUGUGUUAAUCAGACCGCUUCAUGAUGAUUUGCAAUGUUCACUCAGUGCUCAGAUAUUCUGUGACUUUUAGGACUUUAGAUGAUGAGGCUGUAUUUUCAAAGUAUUUAUAUUGCAUAAUACCUGUUAGUACGAAUAAAACUUGAUAUAUUUA